AUGCGCUCGAGGGCACGCGGAGGCCGCUGGUGUGGUCCAAGUCUUCCAUAUAUACACCGCUCACCCCGCGAGCCUCAAGUGCUCGCGCGUCACUUUCCGUCCUCCAAAUGCUUCGUGCUACCCUCCGCACCCCAGAUUGUUGCAUCAUCAGCAACCUACGAGCCUGCGACUGUCAUCUCAAUCUCUGAGAACGAGGACUGGCUCUUCGCUUACUUCCCCGGCCGCGGCGGGGACGGUGCAGGAUGUCUAUGGCGGAAAGACGCACAGCUGGACAGUUGGCAAAUACGCGAGUUCUGGAGCUUCGACCAGGGUGCAGGCGCUGUAUCCGCGGAAUGGACAUGUACCCAACGGGAGUGGGUAGUGACAGAGAGCGGCUCGUCUGCGCGCUUGCCGCCUCGAGGCCCUAUGGGCCAGCUCCCAAUCACCGUUCUUCUCCUGGUUACACAAGACCACUGUAUUGCCGUGUGCUACUUACCGCCCUACACGGCCUCUUUGAAGAUCAUGAGAGCGUGUCUGCUACAAACCGCUGUCACUCAGGAGUCUCACCCAGGGAUGACUCCUUACCUACUUCCAUCGGUCAAACAUAUGGUGGCCGCAUCCAUCUAUAUGGGCUACCAGGUUCUCCCGCCACAACGUGUCCACGAGUCGACGUAUAAUGCUAUGGAUCUCAACAUGCCACUAGAUCUCAACGAUGUAGGUCCGUCCUAUGAAGUGCCCCUGACACCAGAAUGGGACCUGUGGGGCGAAGACUCGAUGAUCAACGUCUGCGAAAUACCCCACCUUGAAGCGCAACAGACGUACGACGAUAAGGUGCUCGACUUCAUCAUGCCGGCUCCUUCGCGAGACUCUCUGCUCGUCGGCUUCAUGAACCUGAGCGGAUCCGUACCUCAUGUCAAGCAAAAGGUCAAGGGCGGGACAAUCGGAACCAUGCGCGUACUGAAAUUCGGCUUCCACCUUCUCAGACUCCCACAUCUCUAUCAUACGCUCCCUCGCCGACGGCCUGACGGAAGCAGACCAUUCACAAACGCGCUUGUCGCCGAAUUGCACAACCCCUUCAUCACCGCCAUCCGCUCAAGAAGCAGCCCCUCAGACGUAGCCCACGCAUUGACGAAUCCUGCGAUUCCCGUCGAGGCCGUUGUGGACGUUCUCUCGGGGGUUCUGUCAUCUCUCAGCAGAGAGUCGCCUGGUAUGCGGGACGUCUGGACGGCCGAGGACGAAGUCGCGCCGUGCGGAAGAGGCAGACAAAGAGAGCCUUCGCGCUCGAUGGAGGACGAUCCACGACAUGUGUUCUCUAUCCGCGUGUCUCAGCGCAUUUGCGAUGUGCUAUGGGACCAACUAUACGAUCUCGGGGAUAUAUGGCAUCUUGUCUGCUUCUCUACAUGGUUCAUCGAAUUCCUUGAGGGUCUACUCAGAGAAUGCGUCCUCGCAGGCGACGAGAGUUCUCUCGCUAUGAACAGGGCUCAAUCCAGUACCUCGUUGAAUGCAUCCAUAUUUGUUCACCUCGUGCAUCCCUAUAGUCUCGAAAGGAUUCGAAUAAUCUUGGGCUACAUCAAGCGAUUCCGGGAUCACGUCGCAUCGCUCACCGCGAAGGGGGAGAACGCCCAGAUCGCCAGAGACGUGCUGUUGGACGUUGUCGACUGUUCCGGGAUCGACUUGGAGCGGCUGAGCAUCGUGUUCACAGAGGUAUACCAAAGUCUCAAAGGCGGCGCAAAUGACCAGGAUCUCCAGCAGACGCUGCUCAGCGGUAUGCCGCACUUGUCCCUCUCGGGCCCUUUGCGUGGGGCGGUGGAGAAGAUCGCAAGUAAUGGCGGGAUCAAUAGGGCCCGUUUAUUCAUCAAGCCAGGCGAUCUUGUAGACGGAGUGGCUCGCCUCUCCCUUGUGGACAAACAUCUCAAGGACAAACAGAGAGAUGUCGUGUCUAAGGGGCUACUGCUUCAUCUGUCUACAAGUUCCGUUUGUGUGUGCUGCGAGGGCAGAUCGGAGACGAACCAAGGCGAUCCCAAGAUGCGGAGUGGAUCCGCCGGUUGGCGUGUUUGGGAGAGACAGUGGCAGCAUCGUUGCGUAUGCGGUGGUGCUUGGUGGAAGCUAUGAUGUGUAGUUUCCCAGUUUCCCUAAGCCUUGUUUAUGAGGUCGGUACCAACAGACACUUAUGAUGUCUCCUACUCGCUCGCAUGGUGAAUGUCGCUCGUCUGGAUAAUAUGUUGCAGUAGUUGCCAUAUGCAUGUCGUGAUGCCAUUUCUUG